AUCCCCAUUCAAUUAAAAUAAGUAAAUGCAGUCUAUUAGAAUAGCCGAUCGCCUCGGGGAUCUCUACUGUAAUUGCUUCCUAUUUGUUUUCACAAAUAGCAACUGUGUUGGCUAGAUCAAAACUGAGCGAUAGAGACCGGAACCUUCCGCCGCCCGACGGAGAGCGCACCAGACUGGCAAGCGCAAAGUGAGGACGACCGCUUUAAUAUUUUAUCUACAGUAGGCAAUGGCUGGACAGUCUACCAUCAACGGGAUUACCUUAUCUCCCGUAACUCGCCAUCCAUCUUCAUAGCCGCCAGAUCUUGGGGAAAAUAACAUUUUAAUACUCAAGUGGAAUUAGGGACUCAGUUUCUGCACCCCCAGUUUGCCGUGCACUGGCAGUUCCAUGACUGGCGGGGAUCGGACACGUAGCCCCACUCAGACGCGCUGUGACAGAAACAAGCCUCCUCAUCUGGGAAGACUCAACAACCCUCGCCUCGUAACGAGAUUUGAAGCCUCCCCCUUUAUCAAACUAACGGGAUCGUCGGAUACCAACGACUUAAAAUGACACCUUAAGUUACCCCUAAUUACGCGCUGGUGUGUGCUGUCUCUGGUAUUAUUUUUGAUUUGCACAGUGGGGGCGAAAGAGGGGGGAAACAGGAAACUCGUCCAUCUCCAAGUUUUUCGGAUCUCAGGGGCGCAGUGGAGGGAGCGAGCGGCGAUGGCAGCCCGGGUGACAGCAGCGUUCGCUCUCCUGGUUCUCACCGUGGCAACUGCCUUGGGCGCGGAGAUAGAGGAGCGACUGGUGACCUACCUGCUGUCUCCAGAGCGCUACAACAAACUGAUCAGACCUGCUGUCAACAAGAGCCAACAGGUCACCAUCCAUAUACAGGUGUCCCUGGCCCAGCUCAUUAGUGUGAAUGAGAGAGAACAGAUCAUGACCACCAACUGCUGGCUGACUCAGGUGUGGAAUGACUACAGGUUGAUGUGGGACCCAGAGGAGUAUGAGGGCAUUAAGAAGGUCCGCCUCCCGUCUCAACACAUCUGGCUGCCUGACAUCGUCCUCUACAACAAUGCGGAUGGGAACUAUGAGGUGUCAUUCUACUCCAACACGGUGGUCUCCAACAAUGGAGAGGUGAACUGGCUGCCCCCCGCCAUCUACAAGUCGGCCUGCAAGAUCGAGGUCCGCGACUUUCCCUUCGACCAGCAGAACUGCACACUCAAGUUCCGAUCCUGGACCUACGACCACACUGAAAUCGACCUGAUCCUGCUCAGCGAUUUCGCCAGCCGUGACGACUUCAAGCCCAGCGGUGAGUGGGACAUCGUGUCUCUGCCGGGACGCAAGAACGAAGACCCCUCUGACAUCACCUACCUGGACAUCACCUAUGACUUCAUCAUCAAGCGCAAGCCACUGUUCUACACCAUCAACCUCAUCAUCCCCUGUGUCCUCAUCACCUCUCUGGCCAUCCUGGUGUUCUACCUGCCCUCUGACUGUGGAGAGAAGAUGACUCUCUGUAUAUCAGUCCUCCUGGCCCUCACUGUGUUCCUGCUGCUGAUCUCCAAGAUCGUCCCACCUACGUCUCUAGCUGUCCCUCUCAUAGGGAAGUAUCUGAUGUUUGCCAUGGUGCUGGUCACCUUCUCCAUCGUCACCAGUGUCUGUGUGCUCAACGUGCACCACCGCACGCCCUCCACACACACCAUGCCCCCCUGGGUCAAACGUCUCUUCCUGCACCGCCUCCCCUCCUUCCUGUUCAUGCGUCGGCCGAGCAGCUCCAACAUCCGGGAGAGGUUCCGCCAGAAGCACCAGCGGCGCUCCUACUCCGACCUGAAGCUGAGAGACGGGGCGGUGGCCCCAGCCGCGGGGGGUAUGGGGGUGGCAGGGGGGUCUGGGAUAGGCAGGGCCGACACCUUCUAUGUGAACGAGGAGUCGGCCAAGCGGUACGGCUGGAAGAUCAGCGACCUGUCGGAGAACACAGAGUUCAGGAAGAGGAUGACGGUGAAGUGUCACGCAGACGUUGAGGAGGCUGUGGACGGGGUGCGCUACGUCGCCGAGAAGAUGAAGAGUGAGGACAACGAUGAGGGGGUCAUCGAGGACUGGAAGUAUGUUGCCAUGGUGAUUGACCGGCUCUUCCUGUGGAUAUUUGUGUUUGUGUGCAUUACUGGGACUUUGGGGCUGUUCAUGCAGCCCCUCUUCCAGAGCUACAACACACCCACGGCAGACGACCUGGAGCAGAACUGACCCAUGACCUUUGACCCAAAACCUGACCCUGACGCCUCCCAACACCCCCAUGAGGAACAACCUCCGCGAGUAAAACAGCUACUUACCAACACCUUGAAACAGAACUGUGUUAUUUUGACACACUCACGUACUGUACGCACACAGCACACCGGCCGCCACCACACCAACCAAUACCCCUCAACCUCCCCUCUUAACAUCUUCUAUGGAACAGAGCAGCCCCACCAACCCCACAAAAAGGGUCUGUUGUUUUUCAUUUUAUUUCUGCAUUUAGUUUGAAAAGGGGAACCAAUCUUUUCUGCCCAGUUCCAGAAUAAUUUGCUGAGCCCAAAGAUCCACACACACACACCCACACACACCCACACACGACGAGCCCGACCCUGGCCAGAAGACGACGACAGAGCCGCCAGUCUCUGCUACAGAGAAGGACAGCUCCUCCGUGUGUCCUCGUACCAGUGAAGGACAGACAGACACACGGACAUAACUCUUGCCUUGAGACGGAGAGGGAGCGACGCAUUUCUUUAGAAAGGAAUGGCAGCAGGCUUGUUAUUUUGCUGUGAAACGGGAAGCCUCGACUGUCUGCCCUCACGCUACAGUGUGUUGACUGAGUACUACUGUACAGUAUUUGGGACUGCUUCUGGCCCCAGGUGGUCAGUCACCUGAUGGUCUUUCAAUGCAUUAACAUUAGCUUUUUAGCCUACCGGGUUAUGUGUGUAAAUUUUACGUUCAAAAUGGUUGUUCUUAUGUGUUCAAAGAGGGUGGGGACCAACGAGAAGCUAGCUGUUAAGUAAAUACAAAAUGACCAUCUAACUGUUGUCACUCGCCUUUGCUUCUCUUAAAGGUACAGUACGCCGGCGUAAGAAGUGUUCAUUCUCACAACGGUUUCCAGGUAACCAGCAGCUGUACAGAAUUUUAUACACACAAACCCCAUAAGCAAACCGGUCAAACUGAACAGCGUUUGGCUCUGCACUAGCAAUCUUCCAGGCGGUAUAAACAUUGCUUAGUAUUUUUUUCAGAAAUAUUUAAACCAAGUCUAUGUUCAACUUAUUUAUUGUCACUGUCAUAUAUGCACUCUGUCACUGCUAUAAAUGCUAGCCAAGGGAAGGCAUACUGUACACAUUUCAAGUUAAGAGUUUUGUUCUAAUCUCAUGUAUUUAUUUUUAUCAGUGUAAAGAAGGGGACAUGUGUUUUUCUUCCGCUGGCCAGUUAUGUGACCUGUUUUGGUUUUGUCUUCCUGGACUGAUGUAUUCUGGGUAGCGCUCAGAAUUACAGGAAGAAACAAUGCUUAUGUCAUGUCAAAGAAGUCAAUAAAAGGAAACAACAAUGGGA